AUGCUCAAAAAUGAAGAGUCGUUUGAAAGGCUGAACUCUGAAUUGAAUAAUUUUGUUCUGGAGAUGAAACCAUAUGUCCUUAAACACCCCAACAAAACGGAGCGACAGCACUGUGCCCUGUGGAUAAAGAAGUUGUGUGACGCAACAACAUGCGGCUUAAGUCUAACAGGUCACAAGAACCGCAACCUGCAUGCCAGGUUGCUUCUUCACAUGCUUAAAAGAGGUGUCCUGGAAGGCCCGUUUGCCAGCAAACCACAACCUGGGAGCCUCAAGACUCUUCCCACUUACAUGUCCAUUUACUUUGACGAGCCACUGAUUGAUCGGACCGUGGACCAUAGCAAAGUCACUCUGCCUGAUUGGGUGUCGGGAGAGCUGGAUGACUGCGAUGAUGACAGUUUGGUUGCUGCCUUGCUUCAGGACAGAAUCCCUUCCACACCAAACACUGCUCAAACAAGGGCCAGCCAUCUGAAUGACAAGAAGAUCCAACGAGGAGCGACCACCUCAAGCCCACUCAAGCCUUCACCCAGACAUGGAGCCAGAGUGGCGGAUGUGGGGCAGAUGUCUCCUGAUGACAAUGACCUGGAGGCUCAACUCAACAGCUGGAACCCAGGGAAUGAGAACUCGAGGUAUUUGCGAGAAAAGAUGGCCCCCUUAUCGCCGAUUUUGAAGUCCAGCCUGGGAAGAAACUGCACCCUGACUGACAAUGUGGAUUUUCCUUUUCUUCAGAGUAAGGAGGUAGAGAUGAGAGUGAAAGUGUUGGAAUCCAGGCAUCAGGAGGAGAAACUGAAAAUGCAGCUGAAACAUGAUGCAGAUGUUGACAAAAUUCUGCACCGAAGGAACGUGGAGAUUGACGAGCUGAAAAGUCGAUAUCGAGCCCAGCAGAAGGAAUCCGAGGACAUGAUUCACAAACUGGAGCGGAAAGUUCAAAGUGUGCUGAAGGAAUCCCAGGUCAUCCGCGAGAGCAAAGACAAGCAGAUUGCCGAGCUGAAGAAGAUGACAGAUCAGAGCGCCGACUGCUUGAAAAAUGAGUGGGAGAAGAAGCUGCAUGCGGCCGUGGCCGAGGUGGAGAAGGAGAAUUUUGAAUUGCAGAAGCAGCACACCGACAACAUCCAGGAGCUUCUGGAGAACACCAAAAUGAGGCUGGCCAAGAUGGAAGCUGAGUACAAUGCUCGCUCACAAGCCACGGUGCAAACGGCACACGAGCUGGAGCAGCAAGUGAAACAGGAGCGGGCCCGAGUGGAGGAAAGCGACGGGGUGCUUCAGAAGGUGACGCUAGAGAAGGCACAGCUGGAGAGUCGCCUAGCUGAACUGCAGGAGGCUAACAGAAGAAUGACUCUCCUUGUGAAGGAGAGGGAUGAACAAGGCGUUUUAUUUGAGGAGACCUUGAAGGGGUUAAAAGCCAAACAUGAUGCUGAUGUGAACCACUUGCAGCAGGAACACGUUUUGGCUGCAGCAAAGGCCUCGGAGUUAAUGGAGGACUUUGAGAAAACUAUUGCUCAGCUCAAACAGCAGCUCCUGGUCAAUGAACAUCAGAGGCAGACGCAACUACGGGAUCAAGAUUUGAAGUUCCAGCAGGAAAAACACGAGUUGCAGAUCAACUAUGACAAAAAGGUUCUGGCACUGCACAGUGAGGCAGAGAAAGAGAGGACAGAGGCCAAGAGGAAGAUUGCCAAACUGGAGGAUGCACUGAGAGACAUGGAGAACCAGCUGGACAAUACCCGAGAGAGCCACAGGGUGCACCUCCAACAGGCCGACGCAGCACUAGAGCAGUUCCGGAGGCAGGUGAAGCUCAGCUCUGAGAAGGCUGAGGCCCAACUCAAGCUCCAGAUGAAAAAGGUGGAGGAAGACCUUCAGCACUCCAGGUGCCUGCGUGAAAAUCAAUCCAAGGAGUUCUCGCUGCAGCUCGACGCCCUCAGACAAAAAUAUGAGCAACAGAUGGCUGAGGAGCGCGUGCAGCACGAACAGGAGAGGACGCGCCUGCAACAGCAGCAUUGCGCCGAAAAGGACAGCCUUGUCCAGGAGCGCCAGCGGGAGGUGAGCAGCCUGGAGAGCCAGGCCAGGGCCGCCCUGCAGACGCACCAGCAACACACCCAGGAGUGGAGGAAGCGUGAUGGCCAGACCAUUUCGGACUUGGAAGCCCAGUUGUCGAGUUUGCUCGAAGAGCUCCAGCUGGCCCGCGUCCAGCACAAGCAACAGCUGGCCGAGGCAGCGGCGCUGCGGGAGGAGGAGCGGCAAAGGGCUUACCUGGACAAAGAGACGCUCCGCUCUGAUAUGGAACUGGCACUGCGUGACCUUAAAAGGAGCCACCAGCAGGAAAAGGAAGCAGCCGAAGAGAAGAUCAACAGCAGGUUGAAGCACAUUGAGAAGGAGUACAGUCAGACGCUUGGCAGGUCUGCACAGAUAAUUACUGAGCUCCAACAGUCUGCGUGCCUCUCAAAGGAGGAAGUUGCAGGUCUCCGGCAGGCAAUGAUGCGGCAACACGAGGAGACCAGCAAUCGAUGGGCUGAAGAGAGGAAAGAGAUAACCCAGCAGGCCGACCGGGCCAACAAGGCUCUGCGGGAGAAGGUGGAAAGUCUACAGAGGCAGCUCCGGAGCUCUGAGAAGACGCUGCUCAGCAAAGAGCUGGAGAGCGAAGAGAAGGUCACCACAGUGCGUCAGGAGUACGAAGAGAAGAUUAAAGGUCUGAUUCCUGCUGAGCUUAGACAGGAACUAGAGGACACAAUUGCAUCACUCAAAGCUCAGGUCAACUUCCUCCAGAGGAGGGCCGACUUCCUACAGGAAGAUUUGGAGGCAUGUCGUGAGAACAGGUUGUUUGAGGACAAGAGGCCGAGAUAA